AUGGAGGUGAUUCUUGCUACAUUGGUUCAAUUCUAUGAUCCAUUGUACCAAUGCUUUUCCUUUCCAGAUUAUCAGCUUACGCCUACCUUGGAGGAGUUUUCUCACUUUAUUGGCCUACCCAUUCCUGAUCAAGUCCCCUUUUCCGGUUUAGAAGAAAUUUCGAAGCAUCAAGACAUUGCAAAAGCUACUCAUUUAAAGAUGUCUGAGAUCAAAGCUAAUUUGACUACAAAAGGAGGAAUUAUUGGCUUACAUGCUAAAUUAUUGAUAGAGGAAGCUCAUUAUUUUGCUAGCAUGAAGAGUAUUGAUGCUUUUGAGGCUAUUCUUUCCUUGACCAUCUAUGGAUUGUUCCUCUUCCUUAAUGUUGAAGACUUUAUUGACAUUAAUGUUAUCAAAAUAUUCUUAAUUGGAAAUCCAGUUCCUACCUUGCUUGCAAUUGUUUACCGUAUAGUCCAUCUCAUGAAUUUUCAUAAGGGAAGAAUGAUCAUAUGUUGUGCAACUCUGCUCUACAAGUGGUUUAUUUCACACUUGCCUCGAUCUAUUGCCUUUUGGGACCUUAAAGAUGGUUUUCUAUGGUCACAAAAGAUGAUGUCUCUCACUCAUUCUGACAUUGAUUGGUUUGGUCAUGCUUAUGAGGGGGUGGCAAUUAUUAAUAGUUGUGGUGAGUUUCCUAAUGCACCUCUUCUUGGUACGAAAUGA